UAGAAAGAAUACAACACAUGACCAUCAGUUGUCCCACAUUAAAGUAACAACUCACACAAUCGCAAUUAACCCACGGCAAACAUUUCAUUCAUUGAUCAGCAAAUUUUUACGUCAAAUAUUUGGCAAAAAAAAUCCAAAAACAACAAAAAACACCAAACACCCUGUGUCCACAUCAGUAUUGUUUGCUUUCGCUUAGCGGUUGGACGUUUUUCAUUGUUAACUCCCAGAGCAAGUCAUGAAUGAAGCACCAGAGCACAGCAAAAAGCGUCAAAAGACGUGCCUCCAAGUGGCCACGAAUGUGACCGAACAGAAGCAUCAUGUCACACGGGAGACGCGUGGCAAGAAUCUGGGCCUGUGCCGCGGCUUUAGAGGCUGCACCGUCUGGCUAACAGGUCUCAGUGGUGCUGGCAAAACAUCGAUUGCAUUUGAGUUGGAGGCGUAUCUGGUGUCCAGAGGUAUACCUGCAUAUGGUUUGGAUGGCGACAACAUACGCACUGGCCUGAAUAAGAAUCUCGGCUUUACGCCCGCCGAUCGUGAGGAGAACAUUAGGCGGGUGGGCGAGGUGGCCAAAUUGUUUGCGGACAGCGGUGUCGUCUCCAUCUGCAGCUUUGUGUCGCCCUUUGCCGAUGACCGCGAAAUGGCGCGCAAGAUACACAAGGAUGCUGGCUUGCAGUUCUACGAGAUCUUUGUGGACACACCGCUGGAUGUGUGCGAGACGCGGGAUGUGAAGGGACUGUACAAGAAGGCUCGCGAGGGCGUCAUCAAGGGCUUCACGGGCAUUACGCAGGAGUAUGAGCGUCCGCAGCAUCCGGAGCUGGUGGUCAGCACCGCUGGCUGUACAGUGCGUGAGUCGACGCAAAAUUUGGUGACGCUGCUGGAGCAGGAGGGCAUCAUUCCGCGCUCACUCCGCGAUGUCGAUCUGCUGCCGGAGCUGUAUCCUAGCGAGGCUAGCGAGGCGCAGGCACUGCGCCAGGAGGCCGCAUCGCUGCCAACGCUGUCCAUCAGCACUGUGGAGCUGCAAUGGGUGCAGGUGCUCUCCGAGGGUUGGGCGUAUCCACUGCGCGGCUUUAUGCGCGAGGAUGAGUAUCUGCAGACGCUGCACUUUAAUACGCUGCAGAGUGGCCUGGAUGUUUCCUAUCGCGAGAAUCACUCCGUGCCCAUUGUACUGAGCGCCACAGAGGCGGACAAGCAGCGGCUGGAUGGUGUUGCCGCAUUAACGCUCCACCAUGAGGGUCAAGCAGUGGCCAUACUACGUCGUCCUGAGUUCUAUUACCAGCGCAAGGAAGAGCGUCUAGCACGCCAGUUUGGCACCAGCAAUCCCAAUCAUCCAUACAGCAAAAUGGUCUACGAAUCCGGCGACUAUCUGGUUGGGGGCGAACUGUCCGUCAUAGAGCGAAUUCGCUGGAAGGAUGGCCUCGAUCAGUAUCGGCUGACGCCCAAUGAGCUGCGCUGCAGAUUCAAGGAGCUCAAUGCGGAUGCCAUUUUCGCCUUUCAGCUGCGUAAUCCAAUCCACAAUGGACAUGCACUGCUGAUGCAGGACACCAAGCGGCAGCUGUUGGAGCGCGGCUUUAAGCAGCCAGUGCUACUGCUGCAUCCAUUGGGCGGCUGGACCAAAGACGAUGAUGUGCCGUUACAGACACGCAUGGCCCAGCACCAGGCUGUUCUCGAUUCAGGCGUGCUGCGGCGCGAGGACACCGUUCUCGCCAUAUUCCCAUCGCCGAUGAUGUACGCCGGACCCACAGAGGUGCAGUGGCAUGCCAAGGCGCGCAUGAAUGCGGGCGCCAACUUUUACAUUGUGGGUCGAGAUCCCGCCGGCAUGCCACAUCCGGACAAGCAGGCAUAUCCCGAUGGCAAUCUCUACGAUGCCACUCACGGUGCACGUGUGCUGAAAAUGGCCCAAGGACUGGACAGCAUGGAGAUCCUGCCUUUCCGGGUGGCGGCCUAUGAUAAAACUGCCAGCCGCAUGGCCUUCUUUGAUCCGCAACGCAAGGACGACUUUGAGUUCAUUUCGGGCACAAAAAUGCGCACGUUAGCUAAAACCGGCGUCAGUCCACCUAACGGUUUUAUGGAGCCGCAGGCCUGGCAAAUACUUGCCACCUACUAUCAGAACCUGCCGCAGGCGUAACCCACAUCAACUCGCUGACCAGACGCCAUCCGCCAACGGACCGGUGUGCAAUCCCGCACAAUGACUAGUGCAAUUCGCUAAGCUAUAUAUAAUAUAUAUAUAUAAAUAUAUAUAUAUUUCGCCUAUGUUUUGCUUAUUUCCAAAACUUCAAACUUACAUUUUCUUUUAUUUUGCUCAAGUAAUUUGUAUGUUUGAGACGCAUAUCCUAAACCAGUCUCGAGUCACCUUAUGUAAACCCAUCCCUGUCCCUGUGUGUGGAUGUGUAUAUGAUUCCAUUUCAUUGUUUAACUCCCCUACAAUUAAUUUUAUUUACUUUUAAGUUGUCCACUUCUAUGUUUUUCACAAGCAAAAUAUUUGCUGAAACGAAAUGA